AUGAAGUUACCGUUACCCUUAGAGCCCUUGGCAUGUUCCGUAAGCAACUUCAACUCCCUUUUGUCUCAUAACAUCGAUGAAGUUACCGUUACCCUUGCUGUCAAGGGGACCCCAAACCCGGAGGCCAAAUUCACGGAUGGUGACAUUUUUGUUGGAAAUGCACUUAUAAGUAUGUAUUCGAGGUUGAGGUGGUUAAUAGAAGCUAGGAGUGUGUUUGAUGAAAUGGCAAAUGAGGAUCUGAUUUCAUGGAAUGCAAUACUAUCAGGUUACUCUCAAGAGGGAAAUCAUGGCCUUGUGGCGAUUUUUGUCUUUAUUGAGAUGGUGGCAGAAGGGAUGGGACGAAGAAGAUGCAUCUCUCUAUUUAAUGAGAUGAGAUUGGAUGGAGUAUAUCCAAAUGAUGUUACAUUUGUUGGACUAAUCCAUGCUAUAUCAAUUAGGAAGUUGGUGGAGGAAGGCGAAAUGAUUCAUGGGUUUUGCAUAAAGACUGGCUUUUUAUCAAAGCAUAAUGUUUGCAACAGCUUGAUCACCAUGUAUGCUAAGCUUGAGUCCAUGCAUGACUCCAUCAAAGUUUUUGAGGAGCUAAACAUCAUGUAA